UCCAGUGCAUCCAAAACACCAUUCAUUUCCCGAAGUGCGCAGGAAAAGCGUGGGGAUUUCUCCCCACCUUGACCCAUUUGCGGAUACACAGAACACUUUCAGAUUUGGCAGAAGUCAUGUUCUGAGCCACCUGAUGAUGCGGAGCCCAGAAACGGAUAGUGAGCACUCGGAAUCGGGGUUCUCCACGGACAGUCAAUCAAGUGGACUGGGAGGAGUGCACCAUAAGCGACGGAGCACCAGGCGUCCGGAUGUUUUCAGUCUGAAAGCCAUGGCGCCCAGACCCAAUGCCGGACCCGGCGGCUGGUUAUGUCUACUGCUGCCGCUGGCCUUGGGCGUCCGCCUGUUGCAUGAUCCGCCGAAAUGCAGGGAUCAGGCCAGGAUGCAGUGGAUCCUCACCGUGUCCGCUGGCGGCAUGGCCCUGGAAACCCUCUGCUUCUUCAUCUAUGCCUUCGUUAAGACAGGUAUUUUGGUUAAGUGUCUGGUGAGCCUGCUGCCUGGAGUAGUCACCAGUUUGGCCUUCUAUCUCCUGGUGGACACCUCCAUCACCUUCGCCGUAAUCGUGGGAUUCCUGAUGACCUCCUCGUAUCAGCAAAUCUAUAUUUACACUAUGCGAGGCUUUAAGGGAUCCUUCACCUAUGGAGAGGCCUCUGUUUUCGUCCAGGGACUGGUACUCUUCGCUACGAGUGCCAUUCACCAACUCGGCGGGUUUUUGUGCGGCGGUUCCUGGCCAACUGAUGAAUUUGAGAUCCUCAACAUGAUUAUGGUGAACGCUCUAUUUUGGCUGCUGGUGUUCUGCCUGGCUCUCGUCUUGUUUCCAUCCCUGAGAAAACCAUACCGCUUCUACCUGUGGAUGCUGCAGCUCCUGUUGGCUGUCACCUGUAUGCCCGUGACGCGGCCCCUACCUCUGUUGGCCCUGAUCCAGUUCCUCCUUCGGGAUCGCGAUCGCCUCAGCAUCUUGGUUUUCUAUCUGCUGCUGGUUGUGUUAACCUGCAUUACAGUAGCCUGGCAAAUCGGCAGCGCCUCCAAGGCCAACACACGAGUGCGGAAGAUCUUCCAUCUGCUAAUAGUGCUGGUCUAUAUCCCUGGAUUGGUGUAUGAAUGCGCCUUGCUGUACUUGGCCACUGGAGUGGCAUUGGCUGCUUUUGUGGUGCUAGAAAUUCUGCGCCUCCUAAAGGUUCCUCCGUUUGCUGACAGUCUGGCGGAUGCUUUCCGUUCAUUCAAAGAUGAAAAGGACGCCGGGGAAUUGGCUUUGACUCCAUUCUGCCUGCUCAUUGGAUGCUCGAUGCCCAUUUGGAUGACCGCGUGUCCCUGUUCCGGAAGCGAUACGUUGGCCCUGCUCUCGGGAAUACUGGCAGUUGGGGUAGGAGACACUGCAGCCAGUGUAGUGGGCUCCAAACUUGGGCGCAAUAAGUGGGGAAAAUCCUCCCGCUCCUUGGAGGGCACCGCAGCCUUUGUGGUGUCCAUCCUGUUAGCCGUCUGGCUCUUAGAGAUGGCUGGCUUGGUCCCAAUGACCCAAGCCAAAUGGUUCGCUACCAUUUUCGCGGCAUUGAACUCUGCUUUGGUGGAGGCCUUUACCGACCAGGUGGACAACCUGGUGCUCCCCCUGAUAUUCUAUACAAUUGUAGGCAUGGCCUAAUCAAUCUGAUGUAAAUAAGUUAUAAUGAUCGCAUUCCUCGGUGUAUUUAUGUGUAGAAUUCGUCGGUGUAGUUAAGCCUAGAGUUAUACUGUUGGUUUACUUUCAACCAAUAAUCAUAUUAAAAUAAACAGUUUUAAAAACUUAAUGUCCAUCCUAA